UUCGUGGAGGCGGCGGCAGCGCUGCAGCUGAGCUGAGGCGAGGUGAGGAGGAGAUGGUGGGCCCCGGGCUGGAGUACCGCGUGGUGCGCGGCGGCGCGGCCGACUGCUCUCGCGUGGAGAGCUUCCUUCGGCGAGUGUUCUACCCGCGAGAGCCGCUGUGCGCCGCGCUCGGCUUCACGGCGGGUCCCGCGGACGCGGCCGACAUGCCCGCCCUGGACGACCUGCGCGACGGCUGGUCGCUGCUCGCCGAGCGCCGCCAGGACGGCGCGCUCGUCGCCGCCUGCAUCUGCGCGCUGCUGCAGCCGGACGAGGGCGGCGGCGCCGCCGGGCACCGCCGGCAGUUUGGGGACGAGCGCAUGGCGGAGAUCUGGCGCGUCGUGGGCGUCGCGCACGCGGCGGCCGGGCUGGAGGGGCGCCGCGCGCUGGACGUGUCGGUGCUGGCGGUGGACCCCUCGCUGAGGGGCGCCGGGCUGGGCCUCGAGCUGCUGCGGCGCGCCGCCGACGUGGGCCGCGAGGCCGGCGCCCCGCUGCUCACCGUCGUCUGCACCAGCGCCUACUCGGCGCGCCUCGCCCAGAAGCUCGGCAUGCGCUGCCUGCACAGCCUGCCCUACCAGCAGUCCGGCCUCGCCCACCUGCCCCAGGAGCCGCACACGCACGUCCACGUCUACGCACUGGACCUUUAACAGGCAUCCUACUGAAACUUCUCUCAGCCUGGAUGAAAGCGGGAUAACGGAGGUGGAGGGACACCGUCACUGGAUACACACAGGCCGGGCUGCUGGUCACAAGCCUGCGCAAAGUUUCGACGGCUGACGACCACAACUUCGGGAAAGUGUUUCCUGUCAUCCAGCAAAGAUGUAAUAGUGUCUGUCAGCGAAAUAACAGUAUUGACUUUCAGAUGUGACACGAAAAGACUAUUUUAUAUCGUUUUUCAUCGCGCAAGGAGAGUGCAGAAUGUCUGAAGUUCUUUAAUGUAUUGGUAAUGCAUAUAGACAUUAAUAAGAGGGGAAAUACGAUGAAACAUGAAAAUAUAUUAUAAUAUGAAUGUAUCUAUGUAAAAAAUAUAUCUUCUCUCCUCUCU